CCCCGAAAUUGCCAAGCGAAUCGCCCCAAGCGCUGAUUUUUGCCAGCUUUGCAAAGUUGCGGACUCUGGGCAGUCGCCCACAGCCCGCCCUCGCCGCGCCUGAAACCCCCGCUGAGCCGUAAAUCUGGCAACAGUGCCUCCUGGAGCUCUUCACCGAAAACGUCCAUCUUCAUUGAUGAAGAAAUCAUUGCCCCGGCCAGUCCAGCCGCCAUAAAUCAGCGGAUUAAACGACAGUCGGAUGGUUCUUGGAACCAUGUGUUGUCUGGUCCUCGUUCAGUUUACCUGUUCUGGGCGCCCCAUUUAACGUAUUUCAAACGUCUGGCCAUUCUUGGAACCGUUGGUGUUGAUGGUACCGGGAACCAGCGCGCUUACGUCACCCGAUCUAUUAACAUUCCGCAGGUUUGAUUUGCGCCGAAGGCGCCCUGUGGAGGGAUCAGCGCAAAUUCGUCCACAACUGGCUCAGAUCGGCUGGCGGCACCAAGCUGGGCGGCCGGCGCAAGCUGAUGGAGCUUCUGAUCCUGCAGCAUGCUCAGGAGCUGGUGCAGCACAUCGACGCGGCGCUGAAGCGCCACGCAGUUGAUCCGAUGGAGGCGCUGCGCCACCACUUGGGUUCGCUGGUGAACCAGCUGGUGUUUGGGCGGAGGUACCAGAGGGACGACCCAACGUGGAUCUGGCUGCAGGAGCUGCAGGAGGAGGGCUGCAAGCUGAUUGGGGUGGCCGGGCCGCUCAACUUCCUCCCACUCCUCAGGUAGCCACUUGGUCUGAUCACUCA